GUUCAUUCCAACAUUCGUAUGAACCAAUCUUCCGAACGUUCUAUCCCUGUGACCGUCACAUCGUCUCUCUCGUUUUCCCCCAAUUCUCGGAAUACUCUCGGAAUCUGUGUGGUUGUGAAGCCGUGACCCGCCUUCGUAGCUCCUCUCUACAUCCCGUGUUCACACGGGAUGCUUUGUGCUUAGAAACGCACGCACUGGACGCCCUCAGGUUUGUACGAUUGUGAGAAGAUCUGCCAUUCUUCUGCGGGGAUGGAGUGAGUUUCCCUUUCAGCUAGAACUGCCGUUCCUGACGACCGACUAGCUCUUGGUGUGGAUGCGAGUGUCGUGUCAAAUAGGUGGGGUUACACAACAGUUGGGGCGGCGCCUUGGGACCUUUCGAACCAGCUGAGCUUUCGCAAGGAUGUGAACAAGAAUCGUUCUAUCUCGAAAGUCUGCCCUCUGGAAAAUGAAGCACUACGCGCGAUAUUCCCGCCUUCGUUUCCGCGAGGUCACCUUCCCGGACCCGCCUCGCUCGGCGAUGACGUGCAGACGCCACUGUGGCGGGGCCCCCGAGCUGAGGUCGUUCACUGAGGUGUGUGGAUGCAAACAGACGCAGCAGGAGUAAGCCCGUACAGUUUCCACAGAAUAUUGUGGGACAAGGAGGGGCGCAAUGGGGCGAGCACCGAGGGAAAGUCUGGAAGGAAUCCUGAGAUCCACGAGAUGCGCGCGCCAGAAAUGAGUUAGUGCAUCGUUUGGUGCUCCUAGAAGCACGUCUCUUCUUUGCGUCAUCUGGCUGGGUCUUUUUUCGUCUCUGCGCUCGGAUAUUUUCGAGACGACCAGCCGGCGAGAAAGGACCGUUAGACUGCCGAUAUGUGCCCGUUGUCUUGGGCAGCCUUCUUCCCGUUUCUGCGCUCUGUACCGGCUCUUCCUGUUCCGGCGAGACUUAGAGCCCUUCCCUAACACGUACCAAACUUCUGGACGGUGAAUGGGGAAGGAAACCUGAAGAAGGCGCCUUACAUGGAUCGAGGAAAGCUCAAAGCGGCGCAGCGUCUCCGCUCACGCAGGUCACCUGCGUGCAGCUGUGAAGGGAUCGACCUUGCCGCGCGCCGCGGGAUGUCGCUGAGACGGGUUUGCCUCAGGUUUGCGAUUCAUCAAAAGUGCCUCAGAGAAAACGGUUCACCGAAAGCACAUGUCUCCGUCGACCAAAGGGAUCUGGCGGGGUAGUUGCAGUUUUAUUUGGGGAGACACACCCUUUUGACCGCCGCCGAGUGCGAAAACUUGACAGUUGAAGGGAAAGGCUUGGCAAAAGGAGUGGGCGUUGAGCUUCCCAUCAUUUUUCAAGUCUCAGCAGGAAGCCCGACUGGAGGCGCUUGUGGGCGAGAAAUAGCGACGAUAGUUCCACAGUUGAGAGAACCGCCCCUAACAGAUUUGGCAGGUUCUGUUCGCGAAACAUGCCGCCAGCAGAGCCCAGUCGGUACGGAUAACAGAAUCGGAGUGAGGACCAGAGCGACGGAGAAUGUCGCAGGUAGAUCUGUCGUACCAAGUAGACUGAAACUGAGUCGCUACAACACAGUCUCUCUGAAGGCUGAAGUCGCAAGAAACUCCGCAUUUUGCUCAAGUGACCUGUCAACCCCUUUUUUUCAAGCGAGUGCCUCCCUUCUCGGAGGCGCAACGGGAAAUGCAGUUCAGUGCACACAAAGGUGUUCCGGAAAACGUGAAUCCCCAGCCUUGCGCCAAGAAGCUGCAGGGCGCUCUUUAACGAGCCAAGAAAGCGGUUUUGAGUCGAUUCUCCAGGAGAAAUAAUGGGUUCACUUGUUUGGCUUUACCCGUCUCAACCUCGCCGCUGUGCCUCUUCGCCUGCUCAUCCUUCUCUCUGAGACAAGUCCAGCGCUACAUAAUUUCCGUCUCGCUUUUCCAGUUAGCGUCGCCGAUCUCCGUCUGUUGAGCAUGACGGCGUAGACCUCUUCAGCUAUAUACCCGAUUUUGAAAGUUACGCAAAUCCUCGAGCUGGAUCUGAAACCCUAAACGCAUAUAUAUAUAUAUAUAUAUAUAUAUAUAUAUAUAUUUAGUGUGGCUUCUCGCAAGCCGUCAUUUUAUCUACGUCUCCGGCGAAGAAACUUUUCUGUACAACUUCAGAUGCUACUCGGUAUCGAUGAAACUGUGCUCUAAACAAAGUGUCGCCGUGACCUAUGGUGGCUUGCCAACGGGUACGCCUCGCUCUGCGUCAUGUUUCGGCAAAUCGUCUACACAGACGUAUCUGUAUGCUCUAUUAAAGGUCCGUUCUCUUCGUUUGUCUCUGCUUCCUCUGAUUGUUCCUGGUGCUCCGAAAAACGUCUGUAUUUCCACCAAAUGUAAGUCCGAGCGCGGAAGCCUCCGCAAGAAGUCAGAUGGAGGGGCAGUUGGGGGGACCUGAAAGCGGUUCACGAUAUGGAUGGCAAUCUUUGAGGAAUGAGUCGCGCGAAAUCGUUGUGUCUCGCUGUGGAGAACAGAAAAUGAUUUCUGGAACAAGUCUGUGCUGUCCUUCUCACAUGGGUGUUUCCUCUGAUCAAAGGUUGGGUUUCCACGCCUUUGUGUUUGCAUUGACAUCUGGGCAGAGCCCAUCGAGUUCCUGGGCAAGUUCCUGAGGCCUGAACCCAGAAUUCGCACGAGGACAGAGGUAUUGCAUUUUCGUUUCUCAGAAGUCAUGUGCAUGCGAUGUUUUGGCGGCCACGCUUGCAGACCAAUUUGAAUCGAUGCAGUUAUUUUGUGCCUGCACAGCCUAGGCAUUUGUCGACAGAUACCCACCGUUGCGCCUGCCAGUAAAGCGGCUGAAACUGCUGAGCACAGAGGACGCGAGAGUAUCCCACACGUGACAGUCCUCUCGCAAAGACAGAGAUCAGGAGGAGAAAGAGCAAAAGCAGUGGUCUCUAUAGUUUCCGCUCUCUGUGUGAGUUGGAGGAAGCGCUCUUCGGCUUCACGUCCUAGAGCGCCUCUGGAAGGCGGAAGCCAGAGAGCCCCUUGACAACAAGCAGAGUCCAGAUCCAACAGUGAGCUUGACUGCGGCGUCUGCUUCUUUGUCUCGUCCUGAAAGGCGGUUCACUGCAAAUCCGAGUAGGCACGCCACACAGCUGCAAACGCAAUGAUACUUCCCUCGUCCCCUUCUCUGUCGCCGUGCUCGUCUGCUCUUCCUCCCGCUCCUUCCUUGCCCUCCACCUGCCAAGGUCCACCCAUGCAUCUGUGGAGAGUGCCGGAGCAGCUCUGGACAGGCGACGGAAGAAGAGUGCAAGAUUCCAGAGUCCUUGAUGAGAGCUUUUGUCGCGAGGUUGCUUCUGUCAGUGACCAGAGUCUCUUGGGUCGAAGAUGCCUUGAAAACGAGGAAUCAGAAGCAAGCGACGCUUCGCUGGCGCCUAACCACUCGAGCGCGGUCAGCGCCUUUCCUCGACCCGCGCUGGCUCUCUCUCCCUCCCAUGUCACGCAGCGAGUUGCCUUCGCAGCGGACUGGGAGGUCACCGAGGGAUGCGGAGACGCUGUUCGUGGAGGCCGAAACGGCGGAGAUGGGCGAGAAGAAGAAAAACCAGAGAGACGAAAACGAGAGAGAGACGACGAUGAGCAGCGGGGCAACCGUGUGGAAGAGGGCAAUGAUGAGAAGGUUUCAGAUCCUAGUGAAAACGGGGGCACUCGUGGUUCCCGAGAGAGUGUGAACGCUGUUCCACAUUCUCCCUCACACUCCGCAUCGCGCAGCCCAUUCGCCUGCUCCUUACCAUCGCUCCCUGGCUCUGGACUGAAUCGCGAGGACCAAGAAAGGAUUCUGCUCGCGAUGGGAGGACGGCGCCUAUCCCCCCGCCAGCUCAGCUCGGUUGGCAAGGACGGCGAUCCCUCGACUUCGUCAGCUUGUUCAAACUAUGAGCUUCCUCUUGAGUCAGCACCAAGUGGCCUAACCCGUUCUUCUUCUGGUUACGUCGAUUCGUCCAGUGGCUAUGUUGCAUGUGCCUCUGGCGUUGACGGCCAAGAGCCUCCCCUUCACGUGUCUUCUGUCGCGUCUUCCUCCAAUCCCGCUUUUUGUCACUACGCGAGGCCGGCCGCAGACCGCACCCAGGACGACCAGCCAUCUCCACAGCAGGCCCCGUCUCUGUACGGCGCGUAUGUUGACGCUCCGUCUCCUCUUUCGUUUUCUUCUGUCCCUUUCCCCCUGCUGUCCACGAGAGACCUACCGUCUCGCCACGUCUCCUUGUCUGCUUCGCCGUAUUCUCCGUCUCUCUUUCCCCUCAGUCAAUCCCCUUCUUUUUCGCCUCUCUUUCACCACUCCCUGUCGACCGAUUCGCCCGCGCAUGCAUCGGAGAAAGACACGAGUCCGGACGAUGGGUCAGAGGCCGCCGGAUCCAUCCCGGGGCCCUCGAAUGCCCUUGCUGCCUGUCUUUCUCCAGAUUUCUCCACUCAAGGUCCAUCUGCAGUUCUGCCGCUUCCUUCUUCGGAGUCGUCGCCCUCUGGCCACCUCCAGGCUCCGGGUCUUUCGCCUCCUGCUGACGACUCAGGCGAACAGGCGGCUUGUCCCCAGAAUCGGGAAGCACGUCUUUCAUCUUCCUCUUCGUCCGCGCCUCUCCUUCCUCAUCCUUUAUCUGGCUCCGCUGUCUCUGCCAAGUGUCUCCUUCCCGGUUCUUCCCCACCGCCUCUCCCGCCUGCAGCGUCUCACCCCCCGCAAGCGGAGGGGCCGUCGGCAGAAGACAAUACGUCUACGUCUCUCGUUUCAUCCGCAAACACUGCGUUUCCUGUGCCGCCUCUCGACGCGCCUCCAAGCCAGGGUUUCAGGUUGAAAGAUACCCUUUCGGCUUCGCUUUUGCCGCCACCUGGUGCAGCUUCUUCCUCGAGCGUGGAGCAGCCGUCUUCUCCGGAGCUUCCAAACGCCGAUCCGCCUUCUCUUUCUCGAGGCCCUUCCGUCUUUGUCGACAGCGGCGAGGCUGGCAGCCACGCGCUGCCCCCAGUGGCCAGCGAACCCCCCAGAAGUCUCGUUGAGUCUGUGCAUGUGCGAAACGAAGACACAGGAAAUCUCUUCGCUGGGUACUACCCCGCAUCGGUGUUGCGCGGUGCCGAGGGCCUGCCGCCGUCGGCGGGCGUGCGAACCGCCGCGGGUCUCUUUUUCGACUCCGAGGGGACCGACGGCCGCCUGAUGCUGGAGCAACUCGACCUCUUAAGAAGUGGAGCCUCAAAGGACCUCUACAAGCGAGAGCGGACUAGAGUCGUCGACGAACUCAUUCGCCAAGCCGUCACGUACCCGAAAGUCUCGGGAAUCUACUUCGACAAACACCAGCUUCGGUGGUCUGUUGGCUGGGCACAGCAUGGCAGGCGAGUGGCGAAGUAUUUCCCGGUCAAGAUUUUUGGCCUCGCGGAAGGGUACCGCUUGGCUGUGCACUUCAAGCACGCCAUGCGGGCCGCAGCAGUAGCUGGAUCUGCAGGAGUCGCCCCCUCAGGUCCGGCGCCUUCGCCGCUUCCUCUCUCCGUCGCUGGCUUUCCCUCGCUGCCGCCCCCGUCCGCACUUUCGUCUCCGGUGCCUAUGUGCCCGCUGUCUCAGCAUCCGACAGACUUCUCCGGCUGCCUUGGAGCCCAACUAGCGAUGUCUCCGUUGGUGUCCCUGGCGGGCGUCCCGCCACCCCGCCACCCCUCAGUGGGCACUGGACCGCAGUCGGGGUUUCCGCCGUUCCUUGACAACAUGCACAAUCCGAUCAGUGUGGCACCUUCGCAAGAUUCCACGCAGGCCUCAGCUGGAGGCUCUGCGGAGCUGAGGAGCGCCGGCGAGAACCGGGCCGCAACAGACUCCGUGCCGGGAUCUGCUUCUUCGCAUCGAGAAGGCCCCUUUCGACUCGUCAGUGACUCUGGAGCCUUGCCGGGUUCUUCUGGAGCUCCCGGCGAACCACAGUCUCUUUUCCCCCUAGCCCCAGCAGCACUUCGGACCCUCCGGAACGGCUACGCUUUUCCUCCCCUCCAGUCUCUCUCGCCUGACUCUCCCCAGUUUCCUUGCCACCCGGUGCCUGCCUCUCCCUUUCCCGUGUCGCUCCCUUCUGCCCUGCCCCCCGGGGAGGGCGUCCAGUCUUUCGCCCGCGAAGGAGACGCGCGUGGGGAAGGUCCCCAGCCGACAGCCAGCGGCCCGCAAGUCGGCGAAGCUCUCGGUCCCCACCUGAUAUCGGGUCCCGACGAGGCUCGACGUGGAGAGGCUGGCGUGCACGCAGCUUGCCAGGAGGCACUCGCUGCAGAACAAACCUUGCGACAAGGGAGAAAGGACAGAAACGAGGGAGGACUGACGGCGUGUGAAGCCACGCCUUUGCCAGAGGUCAGCCUUGAGCAAAGCGAGUGCGGCAGCCCCAGGGGGACAGGCGAGGAGACAGGAGACUCGGAAGGUCUAUGUGUCGGUGCCGUUAGGGAGGGAAAAAGAGGUGAAGAAGGCGAGAGUGGAGAAGAGGCAAGUAAACCCUCUCGGCCGACAGACACGGGGGGGUUCUACUCCGACCUUCCCGCGGCGGGUGAGCGAGAAGACACCCGAAAGGCGUUUCUAAGCGAACAAAAAGGCCUCGGAGAUGGGCCCUCGCAGCAUUCAAGCACCCUUGCCAAACGAGAGGAAGACGACAAGUCACGUCUCGGAUCUUUGUCUUCUUCGCAUGACCUAGCGUCGUGCAUCAGCCGCGUUUUAUUCGUAAAAACGCAGCCGGAGGAGGGGCAAAACGAAGUCAGCAUGGAGACUCGCGCCCGAGCAUUUCCGGACGAGAAAGCAAGAGGUGAAGGCGCGCGGGGCCCGCACUGCCUGGUCGCAGGGUGCCGAAAGAGAGCAGCGGAAUUUCCAGAUACAGCAGAGGCUCGCGAACGCACCAAAAGCGAAGCCUUCUUCUGGGCCAAAGAACGCGAAGAAGGGGCACAGGGCGACGCGCGCUCUUCCCCUGAGUCGCCUUCAGUCACGAAUCAUUCUUCCCUCCCCGCCGCUUCGCAGUGGCCAGUUGGGAACAGAGUAAAAGGUCUCGAUUGCGGAGCCGCAGAUGGGCGAAACGAAAACCUUCCACGAGCAUGGGAAGACGCCUCCGACCCUCUGUCGUUCUGCACUUCUUUCCAGAGCUGCUCCUCUCCCUCUCGUGCCCAGGGCCAGAGUUGCGAUGGCAUGCAUCCUAGUCCAGGCGAGGAACGAGGGAAGAGAAGACCAGCUUGCGGCAGCGAGACCGCAGCGGAGGACCGCGAAAGCGAUCCACGGUGUGUGCGACAGGAAACUCUGGGGGUCCCUUUCACUCUCCGAAGCAGACGGUCCAAGCGUCUGCGAGUGUCUUCUGCCACUUGCCAUCUCGGUGAAGCAGGCGAGCCCCGACUACAGAGCCUAGCAGAGGGAGGAGAACAAACUGGAGACAAGGAAAGGGGUGGAAGCAUCGAGUGCUCCAGUUCAGGGAAGGAGGCGAUGGCAGGUGAAGAAAGCGAAGAACAGUCUCGACAGGGAGAUAAGGCCGGAUCCGCAAGCGGACGUCUCUGUCUCCAUCUUUACGCACAUGCGUCUGCAUCCGCGCCUUUGCCGUCAAGGAGUCCUUCGUCGUCCUCCGUCUCUCCGCACCCCGGAGGGAGCUGUCUUUUCGCGACCGGAGCGCCUCCUGCCUUUCUUGGAGCGACAGGAGGAUCCGGCGCGUCUCGGGUGAUUCCCUGUUCGUCGCCGUCUGCUCCGUCCUCGUCUGGACUCUCUGCCGAGUCCUCUGGUGUGUCGUCGACCCAGUUGGAAACCGAAGCUCGCAAGUCCGGGGCGCCUGUUCAGGGUGCGAGCUUGCACGCGGGCCCCCUUGGCUUCGCAGGGGACGGAGAAAACGCGGCUCGCCACCUGGAUGAGAGAGAUGGACAGUUCACUUGCUUCCUUGCAGCGCGAGACAGAAUCACAGCGCCUGCCUGGCUGGGGACGCCUUGUCAAGUUCACUUGGCUUCUGCUUCGCCUUCUUCCCCCCAUCACCUGUCAAUGCAACACAGUUCCCUCCCCUCUUCCGCCUUCGGGGGUUGUCCUGCAGCUUCGCCGUCUGCUCCCUGCCCGGCGAACGCUUCUCCUCCUGUGUCUGUGCCCUCUGCUUCUCUCUGCCCUGAGGCGCAGCUCCAGAAUGCGAAUGGUCUCUUGUAUGCUGCAUGCCCUUCGUCUGUUCAAGGUUCGCCUGGAACAACAACUUCACCUUGUGUGUAUUCUUUGUCUGAACGCUCGCGGGCGGGACUUCCCCCCUCUUCUGCGUUCCGAUGUCGAGGUACACUAUUCACACAGACGUUUCCCCCUCACUCCCAGAUCACAUGCCCAGCGGGGUCUGGGAGUGAAGAUAGUCCUUACUCUGGGUCGACUUCCUCUUCGUUGUCUUCGUCCUUCUCUUCGACCUCCUCUUCGUCUCCGCCUGUCUCCACUUCUGCUUCUCUCUAUUCUCCUCCUUCUCCCUCGGGUGUGCCUUCCCUUCUCCCUGCGUCUCUUGUGCAGUCGUCUCCUCCUCUUUGCCGCCUUCCUCCUUCUUCUUCGCUCCCUUCUGGCUCAUUUCCUCCUUCUUCUCUCUCUUCUUCUUCUCUGCCUCCUUCCUCUCUCCCUUCGUCCUCUGCUUGUCCCUCACCUUUGCCUUCUCCUGGCCUCGCUUCGGGGUCUCUCUCCUCGCUCUUGCCGUCCUCUUCUCAACUCGCAUCUUCCCCGCCGCGGUGCGUCCCUCUUGACGUCUCAGCGGCUCCCGUCGGCGAUCGCCUGGCGGUGGGAGGAAACACAUCGGGGCCUGCUGAAGGCCCGUCUGGCACCCCAGCACUGGGCGUCUUGCCUCACACGACAGGAAUCCACUUCGACAAACAUUCUCUAAGGUGGAAAGCGACAUGGUACGACACUACAGGACAAAGGAAAGCAAAAUAUUUCCCAGUAGGAAAAUACGGCUACGAUCAAGCCCGCCGGCUAGCCAUUCAGGCCCGACAAGCGAACCACGUGCCCCGAAGCAGUCGCUUUGCGGUGGCGCAUGCGCAGCAGCAGGCUCAGCUUCAGCAACAGCUUUUACCUCACGCGUUGAUGUCUCCGUCUAGGUUGUAUCCCUGUUCCUUGUCUUCGUCCUUCUCGCUGUUCCACGCCUCCCUUCUUGGAAAUCAACCAGCAGCCCGGCCCUCUCUGGUUCCUCAGGCUUUUACAGCUUCGCCUUCUCCGUCUCACUCUUCACCCUCUACCUGCUUGCCAUACUACUCGGGUCCCCUUCCCUCUCUGUCUCCUGCCCCUCCUCCACAAGCGGCUAGCGCGUCUCCCUCGUCGGCCUACGGUCCGUAUCCUUCGUAUUCCUACUGUCCGCCCUCUGCUUCGCCUGCUACCUGCUCUCCACCUCUCUCUUCUCUCUCUGCCGAUUCUUUUCUACAUCUCAGGUGCCAAGCUAACGACGGGGGGACGCGGUCUUCUCUAGCUGACGCGUCCGUGGGCGGACACAGAAGCGCGGUAGGGUGGCGGACUCGCGCAGAGGAGAGGCGGGAUGAAGAAGGCAGAGGAACCGCGGGCGAGAAGGAGGACAGAAAUGAGGUUGGGGACAAAGAAAGAGACGCCGGAGACUCCGAUCGCGAGAUGAAGAAGGAAGAAGGGCAACUCGAACGAGAGGGAGACACAUGGUUUAUUCGCGACGAAGAGAGAGAGACGGAGACAGAACGGCUGCGAGGCGAACACGCAGCCAGGAACGAGGCCGAAGCAAGACAUGAGGAUCAUGUUCCACCAGCGAGUUCCGUCCCCGCACCUUCUGAGCAUAGAGCGUUUUGUCAUGAUAGAGAAAUGGGAGAGCAAACGGGUGCAGGAGAUAACGCAUGUAAUUCCACAGCCUCUCAGUGUGAGUGUCUGGAGGGACUCGAAGCGGAAGGAGAAGAAGAAACAGAAGAAAUCGAAGAGAGACAGAUACAAGAGAUCGGCAGCGCAGACAUGAGUGGCGGAAGGCUGCAGAGCCGCAACGGAGAAGACCCGGAAAAAUCGAAAGAAGAAGAUGCUCCUUCCCAAGGUGGCGAGGCCUAUGAGUCGGCUGAGACGACGGCAAGCGGAGAACAAGAAGAAGGGCAGCAGGUCUUUCCUCCCGAGGAAAAAGGAGAAAGACGGGAAGAAGAAGACGAGGCAGAGGGAGAGAAAGAAGACAACGAUGAGGGAGAAAAUGAGGGCGGACGGACCCGUCCAGAAGGCGACGAAGACGCCGGGAAAAUGCUGUCUUCGUCAGCCCCAGAAGAUGACGACGACACCGUCCUUGACGAAGAUAUGUUUGAUGACGAAGCAGACAAGCGGCUUUCUCAAGAGCCAUCCCGGGUGUUGAUCCGCCACGCCUCUCGUCUGGAGCGAGUCCCGGGGAUUUGGUUUGACAAGAAGCAGCUGAGAUGGGCAUGCACGUUUACCGACUCGAGUGUGGGGAAACGAAGAGCAGAGUACUACCCCAUUCGUCAUUUUGGAUUUUUCGGAGCCCGGCGUCUCGCAGUCCAUGCUCGAAGAAGAAUGGAGCGACUGCGGCAAGAGCAGCAGUACUUUCAGCAGCAAAUGGUGAUGGCGCAGAGGGCUUCUCUUCCCUUCCUCUCCCCCCAUUCUCCUUAUAUGGCUUCUCCUUACGGCUAUGCGUCUGCUCCUUCUGCGUUGCUGCCUCCUUCUGGAUCCUCUGCUUCUUUUCUUCCUCCCUCUAUCUCCCCACCGUUUCAUCUUUUGUCGUGCUCCGAUUCUGCCCACAACGUCCAGGUGGGUCUCUCGCCCAAAGCGCCUUCCGCUUCUGCGCUCUCGCCUCCGUUCCUUCCCUCCACUUCCUCUCCUACUUUCUUCCACUGCUCCGGUGCCAAGUCCUCGCCUUCCACCUCGUGCACGCCGUCUCCCGCCUCUGCCCUCUCGUUCUCCGUCUCGCCAGCGUCUCUCCCGGUCUCUCAUUCGUCUACCGCUCCUGGACUAACCUUCCUCCACCAGCAAGACGGUGCUCGGACCCAGGGGCCAGCUGAGCAGCUUCUGUCUUCGCGCCUUCACUAUUCUCUCUCUUCGGCUUCUCCAGAAGCGGCGGCACCGAGCCUCUCGACGCAACCGCGAGCGCAUGUUCAGUCUCCACGCCCACAGACGGGAAGCCCUCCGGUCUCCACGGGUUCCGAAGACAGGGUGAAACACGGGAGAGAACGAGGGGACGAUGAGACGGUACUGAGUCCCCACCAGCACUCAGACGUCGUUCAGGCGCUUCGCCGUCAAGCUCAGCAGCAUGGAAGCCUCAGUAGCGCCGCAUUCUCGUCUUCUUCCCCCUCAGCUACAGAAGCCGAGAAACCUGCCGGUGUCUCUGAGAAACAAACCGGCCCCGAAGCCCCAUUUGACAACCUCGAAAGAAGUCCCCAGACUUCGCCUCAAAUCCCUUUUUCUUCCAAUUGCCACCCUAGCAAGCAUUAUGGAGGUGUUCGUAUGUGGAACGCCAGAGACGAGGAAUCUAGGUCGGAAGGAAGUGAUGGCGGUGAUCGGCGGGGCCAAGAAGAAGGGGGAGCCGUGGAGGGCAGGCUCCGCGCACUUGGAAAUGAAGAAGGACCAAGCAAAAGUAGCGGCUUCAAAGAAGAGCCAGAGUCCACAACAGAGCCGAAAGAGUCAGCAGACAGGAUCCGACUAAGAAGAAGAGCAGGGGCGCUCAAUGAGACAGCUGAAGGACAAGACGAAAAGCUAGUUCCAACCGCUUUGAUUGCCAGAGAAGGCGAAGGCGAGAAAGCUCCGUGUCGCCGGGACAUUGUUUGCAUGGCUAGACACUUCGGUAAUGAAGUAGGCAGUCCUUCUUUCCUGCCCCAGGCAGGGACGGUGUCAGGAACAGAGCAAGGAGAAGGAAACAAGUCCACUGGAGAGAGAGAACACCGAGAAGCAACUGAGACAACCAGACGUCAAACCUUUUGGCCACUGCCGCCGGAGGCAGUCCAUCUUCGCCUUCCUUCGAAAGCUCCAAAUGCUGAAGCAGCCGUUCCUCGUCAGAGUGAAAGAGAGGCUGGUCUGGCUUCUUUUGAAAGCGCAACUCGGCGACAGGAUGGUCAACAGGUAGCCUCACCACCUUCGCCUGGUGAGCUUCCACCGAGCUGGAAAGGAAGCCCUGAGAUUCCUGUACCCUAUGGGGUUGCAUGCGGCUCAGCUUCGAGUCCCGAGUGUGAAAACAAGACCGGGGAACCGCUUCUGACACUGGAGCGUCAGGCGGUCCGCUUUUUGCUUCUCGAUCUGAAGAACAAAUGUUUGACGAAUCUGGCACCCUUGUUGCUUCCCGAUGUCUUCCGGAGACACUCGAUACACCUAGUGAACCACAUUCGGCGCGUGGAAAAUGCCGUCAGCUGCGAAGGCUUAGAGUCUUUUCUCCUUCUUUUUGCUGACUGUAUCAAAACCAUGAGUCUCCCGAGUCAGCUAGGUGUCACGGAACAAGCUCACAUGAUCGGCCUCGUUGCCGCUCUAGGAGACGAACUGGAUGCACAGGGAGUGUAGCUCCGCCCAGGUGUCGUAGAGGCACUAGUAGACCAAACGCGAGUUCCUAUUUGGGUUCAAAGCAAGACUUCCGGCCGAGCAAACAUCUCGUCGUCCUCUACAAAGACAGGAAUUGGGCACGCCAACCGACGCCGUUCUGUUGCGGAAACGCGGGCAGACCUUUUAGUGUGACUGUCGUUGAUAGUGGCUGCAUUCGGGGCUUUUGUGGCUUCGCUGAAUUUCCGAGUAUGCAACCGCGACUUUUUAAACCAGAAACGUAGUUAUAUUAGGGACCCUAACUUACACACCCGGAGUCGGUCACCAGUGUCACAAGUGACCCUCGUUUACUAUGCCUUGGCAUUAGGCUACGUUUCACUCACAGGCGAGUCGGGAUGCCGGUGAAUUCCAGCGGAAGUGCUUGUUGAAAUACAUCAGCGUCACACCCGUAUUCAGCAUCGUCGCAAUCCCUCCAGCACAGAAAAGGUCAAGGGUGGUGUUCUCCAUAUCAGAUACUAUCUUCAUUCUGGUUGGGGGUUUUAUGUCGAUCGCACGCAAAUAUGUGGGGAUAAUGCAGCUCAAAAAUGUUGUUGACUGCAAGGCUGCGGUAACGAUCGAACUUGGAAAGCGAGAAUUUUCACAUUCCAGGACUAAGUUUAUGAAGGUGGGAAAGGAGAAAUGUCACACAGAUCUCAGCGUCGGUUGUUGGUGAAGGAACGAGGCCGAGGUGCGGCUGCUUUAUGAAGAGAUCUAUGAUGCUGCUUAAGGGCGGCUCCUUUCUCCAAUACCAUAUGCGG